AUGGCUGGUGGAGCAUUCUCUGUGGAUAGUAAACCAGUUACUGCCAUCAACAUUGGUGGCAAGUUAACACUCACAAUCAUCAUUUCAUGCAUAGUUGCUGCAUCUUGUGGCCUUCUUUUUGGAUAUGACAUCGGAAUUACAGGAGGCGUGACGACGAUGGUGCCAUUUCUUCAAAAAUUCUUUCCUGAAAUUCUAAGAAAGGCAGCUGAAACCGAAGUGAACCUGUAUUGUGUGUAUGACAGUCAAGUGUUGACACUAUUUACAUCUUCUCUGUAUCUAGCUGGAUUAGUUUCGUCCCUCGCUGCUAGCAAGAUCACCGCAGAGUAUGGUCGGAAAAACACCAUCUUGUUUGGUGGUAUUCUCUUCCUUGCAGGUGGUGCCAUUAAUGGUGGUGCUGAAAAUAUUUCCAUGCUCAUUUUGGGUCGAGUUCUUCUCGGCUUGGGAGUUGGUUUCACUAAUCAAGCUGCACCGUUGUACCUGUCUGAAAUUGCUCCCCCGAAAUGGGGAGGCGCUAUCGGCACAAGCUUUCAAUUCUUCUUUGGAAUUGGCGUAGUAGCUGCCAACUGCAUAAACUAUGGCACCGCCAAGCGUGCAUGGGGAUGGAGACUUUCUCUUGGACUUGCAGUCGUGCCUGCAGCAAUCAUGACAAUCGGUUCCUUCCUCAUUACCGACACACCCAACAGCUUGGUGGAACGUGGCAAGAUAGACCAAGCCAGAAAAGCCUUACAGAAAAUCAGAGGGUCCUCCGACUCCAUCGAUAUUGAACCUGAGUUAGACGAACUUAUUAAGUGGACAACAAUUGCAAAAUCAGUAAAGCAAGAACCCUUUAAGAUCAUAUUCAAAAGGGAGUAUCGACCUCAUUUGGUCAUGGCGUUUGCAAUCCCAUUUUUCAACCAGCUUACAGGGAUCAACAUUGUUGCUUUUUAUUCACCUAACCUCUUUCAAUCUGUCGGUUUGGGACACGAUGGUGCUUUGCUUUCUUCCAUUAUACUUGGUGUCGCUAACUUUGCUUCUAACCUUGUCUCCGCCGGUAUUGUUGAUCGAUUUGGUCGAAGAUUAUUGUUCAUAACUGGAGGUACUGUGAUGUUUGUGUGCUUGAUUGCGGUGUCCAUUUUGCUGGCUGUGAUGACUGGUGUUGAUGGUACAAACGAUGUAUCCAAAGGCAAUGCAAUACCGGUUCUAGUGAUAUUAUGUCUCUAUACUGCAGGUUUUGGUUUAUCGUGGGGCCCUCUGUCGGGGCUAAUUCCAAGUGAGAUUUUUCCAAUAAAUAUAAGAACCACCGGACAAAGCAUAGCUGCUGGAUUGAAUUUCAUAAUAGUAUGA